UUAGGGGUCCUUGCUCGCAGCGGUUCCUGGUCCACGUAUUGAGAAGAUCAGCGAUAUCCUUUUUGACAGACAAUGACGUUUGACUGUAUUUAUCCAAACGGUUUUUCUUUUUCACGUUCACCGAUUAAACUUGGGCAGUAUCCAAGUGGCUGUAGACAUUCUGAGAUUUGAACGUCGUUUCAAACGGAUGCAAAAUGUCUUGGCUUGCUGACUUAGCUGGGAAAGCUGAAAAUUUCCUAAAUAAAGUGGACCAGGGAGCUGCCACUGCCCUGAGCACCAACCAGGGUAGAACAUCCUCCUUGUUAUCCUAUGAGGGAGAAUCAACUCUCAAGCCUGAGUACAGCACUCCAGGGUAUGAGACUGAUGCAGCUGUGACACAACAUUCCUAUGCAUCCUCUCAUGAUGCACCAAGCUACAUCUCUGGAGCAGCUGGAAACAUUAAGAGAUCCAAUGCUACCAUGCUGGCAGGCACAGCCAAUGUGGCCAGUACCCCCUCUGGUUCUGGCAGCAGCUUACCCAACUCUGCCAAGCCAACUUCUGGCUUUGUGAGGCCCAAAAAGAGUGACCAGGAUGUGGACGAUGACAUGCUCUUUGACUUCCUGAACAGCUCAGACCCUCCCGUCAGCAACAGGAGGGAUUCAAGAAGAGAACUUGUGAAAGUGGCAGUUCCAGUUAAUGAGGUGGAAAACCUGCCACCUCCUCCUUCUACCACUCUUCAUGCCAUCUCCUCAGCCCCGUCCACACCCCCAUCAACUCGUGGUGUAUCCAGAGCCUCGAGCAUGAGCUCACUGUCUACUCACAGCAUAAAAACAUCAGAGGAGAGCUCUGCUAAAGAGCAGAGCCAAGACACACCUCAGAGUUCAGACUUAGGUUUGGCUGUCCCUCAGGAGUCCAGCAGGCAGGAGCCGCCUCCUCCCACAGAGGAGCCUCAGAGUCAGAUCCUGUCCAGUCUGCGUCUGGAGAACCAGCUGCUGCGCAGUGAGGUGGCCUCCCUCAACCAGGAGAUGGCUUCAGUUAUCCAGAGAGCAAAAGACUUACAAGAUGAAUUAAACCAGGCCAGACUACGCGCAGACAAAUGGAACUCUGAUCAGUCUCACACUGACCGGACGUUACGGGAACUUCGGUCACAGGUUGAUGACCUGACAGAGGCUCUUUCAGCAAAGGAUGGUCAACUUGCAGUCCUGAAAAUCAGACUCGAUGAAGCUGAUCAGCUGCUGAAGUCCCGCAGUGCUGCACUAGAGGAGGCACAGAAAGAAAAGUCAAGAAUUAUGCAAGACCACACAGAAGGGAGCAGCACGCAGUCCCAAGCUCUUGAGACGAUACAGGAGAGGCUGCGGGAGGCUGAACUGGCUCUCAGGAGGGAACAGGACAGCUACCGGCAGAUGCAGAAUGAGUAUGCUGGUCGCCUUUCCAAGCUGGAGGCUGAGAGGCAGACCCUUGCAGAGACAGUGACUGCAGCCGAGCGACGAGCUGCAGAGGAGAAGCUCAGGGUUGACGACCUCCAACAGCAGCUGAAAAGUGCCAAAGCUGCAGCUGAGUCUGCCAGGCAGGAGUUACAAGACUACAAGCACAAAGCCUCACGCAUCCUACAAUCCAAAGAGAAGCUCAUCAGCAGUCUAAAGGAGGGAUCUGGUCUGGACACUCUGGAUGGCAGUGGGACCAUGACUCUAGAGCUGGAGGAACUGCGUCAUGAGAAGGAGAUGCAGAGGGAGGACAUCCAAAAACUACAGGGGCAAGUGCACACACUUCGAACAGAAAUACAGGAUUUGGAGAAUCAGGCCUUGGCAGAGGCAGAGACGUGGCGCGAGCAGCAGGUGCAGUUACAGGAGCAGCAGGCCAUACAGAACAGAGCUAAACAGGAAUUAGAGGCUGAGAUUGAGCGAUACAAACAUGAGCAGCAGUACCUUGAGGAAGAGCACCAUCGAGCCAAAAACACUCUGCAGAGUCGAAUCAAAGACAGAGAGGAUGAAAUCCAAAAACUCAGGAACCAGUUGACUAACAAGACACUAAGCAGCACCAGCCAAACAGAGCUGGAGAACAGGCUCCACCAGCUCACGGAGACGCUGAUCCAGAAGCAAACCAUGCUGGAGGCCUUGGGCACAGAAAAAAGCUCCCUGGUCUUCCAGCUGGAGCGGCUAGAGCAACAGCUGAAGAAUGCACAGGGUGGACAAAGUGGAGGGCCAGUCAUCAACAUGAGCAACUUAGAGGGACCAGGGGCGCGACAAAGAAACACACCAGUCCUCUUCAGUGAUCAAGAUGCUCCAGGAGUGUAUGGCAAAGUACGCAAGGCAGCAAGCACUAUUGACCGUUUCAGCAUCAGACUGGGAAUCUUCUUGAGGCGCUACCCUGUGGCCAGAGUAUUUGUUAUUCUCUACAUGGCAGUGCUCCACCUGUGGGUCAUGAUUGUUCUCCUAACUUACACACCAGAAAUGCACCAUGGCCAACCUGAUGGAAGAUAGAAGGGUUAUAUUUACCAGCUUGGGUUUUUCAUGGUGUUUGCUUUAUUGUCUUCAACGUAUGGAUGGUACAAGAUACUGGAACAUGGACUCUGGGACCUGGCUUUCCCUUUUUUUUUGCACAGAAAUGCUAUAAAGUAAAGACAUUUGCUCUUUUUUCUUUAUCAUUUCCAACUGAAGAUUGAUAGCUGUAUUGAGUUUUAAUUACAGAGUGCAUUGGCGACCUGCUCCCGGGUGUACCCCGCCUUCGCCCGAUUGCCGGCCGGGAUUGGCUUGCCCCCCGUGACCCUGUUCAGGGAUUAGGCGGUAGAAAAUGAAUGAAUGAAUGAAUAAUUACAGAGUUAUAUAUUGUAAUGGUAGUCUGCUGAAGGGACAUAAAAUGAAACAUGAUCUCAGAUCUGUUGUCACCUGCUUUUAGACAUCUGUUCUCUGGAGAAAAUAUUUAACAAUAUGUUUUAAAAAAAGAAUAAUAAUAAGGAUAAUCACCUUUAUUUGGCCAAGUACAGUAUGUUA